GAGUCCAGAGUGACUAUUCAGAUCCAGAGGAGCCCCAGCUGCCAGAGGAGGGGGUGAGAGAUUAGAUUCGUUAACCCCUCCCAGUCCCUCCCUAAACCAGCAGAGAAGAAAACACAUACACGCUAAUAUGACCACCAGUACAGUUAGUUAAGCUUGCUGGAUUGGGCUCUAUCUCCUGCUUGCACUUCCCCGGGCUGUCCGGAACGCGCUUAGCUGGCUAUUGGAGAGCGAGGCAAGGAAGGUGGGGAACCCUUGGUAAAGGAAGUUUGGUAGCUAGGGUUGAAUUUAUUCUGGGGCAGCAAGAUGCCAAGCACGAGCUCCUGCCGACCAGAAGCAUUUAAAAACGAACUUUGUCCUGCCUGAGUGAGGGCCGCGGUCUUCGAGGCCCCCUCAGCAGGGGAAGGGCUGCGGAAAAGACUGGCCACGGCUCGCUGUACCCGCCGGGCAUUGAAGCCUUGCUCGACUUUGCCCUCUAGCGUCCAGCUGGGGAGGUGACGCGUUGGGCUUCCGCAGGCCUUUCUCCCAGCACCAUGGGCUCCACCAGUGUGCCGUCGGUCAAGGCCAUUCCCAGCUUGGUCUCUGACUAUGUCAACUAUGACAUCAUCGUCAAGCAUUACAACUACACGGGAAAGCUGAACUCCAGCGCGGAGGGCGGCCUCAAAGUGACCUCGGUGUUAUUCAUCCUUAUCUGCUGCUUCAUUAUCCUGGAGAACGUUUUCGUCCUCUUGACCAUCUGGAAGACCAAGAAGUUCCACCGGCCUAUGUACUAUUUCAUUGGAAAUUUAGCCCUGUCGGACCUGCUGGCCGGGGUGGCCUACACAGCCAACCUCCUUCUCUCCGGGGCUACCACCUACAAACUCACUCCAGCGCAGUGGUUCAUGCGGGAGGGUAGCAUGUUCGUGGCCCUGUCGGCCUCAGUGUUCAGCUUGCUGGCCAUUGCCAUCGAGCGCUACAUCACCAUGCUAAAGAUGAAGCUGCACAACGGCAGCAACAGUUUCCGCUCCUUCCUGCUCAUCAGCGCCUGCUGGGUCAUCUCGCUGAUCCUGGGGGGCCUGCCCAUCAUGGGCUGGAACUGCAUCGGCUCCUUACACAGCUGCUCCACCGUGUUGCCCCUCUACCACAAGCACUAUAUCCUCUUCUGCACCACAGUUUUCACCCUGCUCCUCCUCUCCAUCGUCAUCCUCUACUGCCGGAUCUAUUCCCUGGUCAGGACUCGGAGCCGGAGGCUGACCUUCCGCAAGAACAUUUCUAAGGCCAGCAGGAGCUCCGAGAAGUCGCUUGCGCUCCUCAAGACGGUCAUCAUCGUGCUGAGCGCUUUCAUCGCCUGUUGGUCUCCGCUCUUCAUCUUGCUCCUUCUGGACGUGGGCUGCAAGGUGAACACUUGUAAAAUCCUCUACAAGGCGGAGUAUUUCUUGGUAUUGGCGGUGCUCAACUCGGCCACCAACCCCAUCAUUUACACGCUGACCAACAAAGAGAUGCGGAGGGCCUUCGUCCGCAUCAUGUCUUGCUGCAAGUGCCCUAGCGGGGACUCCGGGGCCAAGUUCAAGCGGCCCAUCAUUGGCGGCAUGGAGUUCAGCCGCAGCAAAUCUGACAAUUCUUCCCACCCGCAGAAGGACGACGGCGACAACCCGGAGACUAUCAUGUCCUCUGGCAACGUUAAUUCCUCUUCCUAAAACUGAACCCUGCUGCAGGCCUACAGGGGGUGCUGUGCUGACGCCUCCCCCUCCCAAUCCCACACUUUGUCGGAAAAGUUCUGUUGGGGUUCUGGGGUGCGAUCCAGCCCCACCCCAACGGGUGGUGCCUCAGGGCCCUAGGAAGCAAGGGAGGGAGGGAAGGAAGGAAGAGCCAGAAGAGCCAGCGUGGUGGUGCUGGUGGGCGGUGGGGAGUUUUGGUCCACGCGAACAAUGCACCGGGAAGGGUGGAGCUCUGUCCCUGAGAGACAGACUGUCCUGGCUCGGAAUACAUUUCCUCCCUGGAACUUGUUUUGACUUUGCACUGAGUCUGACUAAGGUCUAACAUUGUCAGGCUCCUGAAGGUUUCAGUUGGCUACUUCUUGAAGUCUUGAUCAAUGUCCCUAUGUGAAAGCGUCUGUUUGGGUCUUUGGGCUUUCCUUUGUUGGGAGUGGGAAACAAGUAAGAGAAGUUGGUUCCCUCUGCCCUAGUUUCUGUCAAGAUGGUUUGUAUCCCCCUCCCUCCUUUCCCAGGUGACUCUCCCUUUCCUUCCACCUCUAACUAACCCUGUUGUAUCUCCACUCCUCCACCCUUCCUCCACUGUUCCCCACUCCAAGAUUUUCCAUUCCCUGUAUUAACUCCUUGGCUUUCACGGGAGGAGGAGGGGAUGGAAGCACACUUCACCUCUGGGUCAGCUGCAGUAGUCCCCCUACACUCACCUGUGAGGAUGCCGAGACGGCUUUUAGAUGUCACAUAAUUUCACUCGCUGAGUCCAAAGUUCCCACUUUAGCCCAAACUGAAGUAAAAAUUUAAUUGGAGCCAGGUUUGUUUUGUUUUUGGGUGCCAUUUCUUGAUAUCUUUUAAUGACAUGAAUUGCCUUAUCCUAGCUCCUGUGGUCGAAAGCUGGAGGAAGGAGGUCCAGUUUAUCCAAAUAUUAGUUUAUUUGAGGGUGGUUAUUUUGAGGCUCCAACCUUUGACCUCAGUGUUUUGGAAAGGUUAAAAAAAAACUGACAGAAAUGGAAGUGUUCUUUUGAAUGCUGUAAUCCACCAGAUAUCUCUCUGACUUCUAAAUGCCCCUACCUAACACUUGACAUAUCUGUUCUUUGGCACUUAGGUUGAUGCUUUGUUGUGUUUCAGAGGGGUCCUCAGUUCUUGAACAGAGAAGUGUCGGUGUUCGAUCGACUUGUGUUCAGAUUUCCUUUCCAUGUUCUUUGAAUGUAUUUGUUCUGCAUCUUUUGUUUUACUGAAUUUUUUUUCUCUAACCUGUGUUAACAGAAUUGAAUGUGUACAUGUGUUAACAAGAUGCAGGUCUUCUGUGACCUAGAGCAUUACUGUAACAGACAGGGACACUUCAGGUAGUUCCCUCAGAACGUCCUACUACUAUACAGUUACUGGGGAGGUGUAGAAACAUGAUUUUGUAAAAAGCGUAAAAUAAAAGUUAUAUCUCUGCCUCUGUA